AUGCCCUCCCUCUGGCUGUUAAUCUCGACGCUGGCUCUGGUUAGCUGCCAGGACUACCACUACCACCGGCCACCCACUCCGUUCGCGGGGGAGAGCUACUAUCAGCAACAGCAGCAGCCUCAAGCCACCAAGUUCGUGGUGCAGACUCUGGGUCGCACCUACGGCCUGGAGACCCAACGGGCACCGGCCAUCUAUGAGGAUCAUCAGACGCAUGUGGUGCAGGUGUUGCAGCCGCGACAGGUGCCGCUGUACCAGCCUCAGGCUCCUCGCCAGCAAUUGCACACCUCCAGCUACCAGAAUCCCCUGCUGGUCAGCACUAACUACCAGACUGCUCCUGCCCAGCCCCUGACCAGCUAUGGACCACCCCACCUGCAGCAGCAAUCGCAGCCCCUGCAAUCUCUGCAACCCGUACAGCCUCAAGCCCAGACUUCCACUUACUUCCCCCAACAGCAACAGCCAGCUGCCCAGCCUCCUGUCCAGCCUCCUGCCCAGCCAGCUGCCCAGCCACCUGCAAGCUAUCUGCCACCCCAGCAGCCCGCCCAGAAACUGUUCUUCGGCAAUCCGUACCCCUAUGCCCCAGUGACGACCGGCUCCGGGCAACAGGUGCUCGAUGCAGGACACGGCUCUGGUGUGGCGCCCAACGAGGUGCAGGCUCAGCUGCUGCAGGCCACCGGCUCGGCGCCACCACAAACUCGAGUGGGUGACCAGGUGGGGCAGUCGCAGAGCUCCUCCUUGGACUCCUAUGACUACAAGCAGAGCACGCCCGGCGACAGCCGGGAGUACCAGAGGUUCGUGACCAGCUGCCCGGGUGGAGGAGCCUGCCAGCAGAAGGAGCUCAAUCCCGGCGAGGUGGACGACAGCCACCAACGGGUGCUGCAGACGGUGCGAGCCAGCACACAGCCUCGGGUGGAGGGCUGCUACAAGAGCCAGGUGAUCUAUGUGCCAGCUGGAGCUGCGGUCAAUAGUCAGGGUCAGUUGCGACCCAAGAAUCGACGCACUUUCGAGCGCAAGGAGCAGGUGCUCUCCAGAUACCCUUACAACUAA